AUAAGAUUAUAUAAAGAUAUAUAACAAGGAGCUCGAAUUUGAAGUAUCUUUUCCUGCUUCUCGCGUGGCUGUCAUCAAAAUCCCCCCAUCCACCGGAAGCGUCACAUAAAGCUGAGGAUGCAAAGUGCGUCACAGGUCUGAGCUGCAGAGGAUCUACGCAGAACCUAUCCUUCAGCGCCGACAAAUUCACCUUCUUUUCUGCCUGCUCAAGAAACCCGAGCAGACGUUUGCGCUCCAAACAUGGUGAAGAUUGCUUUUAACUCCGCUCUGGCGCAAAAGGCGCUGGGGAAAGAGGUGCCAGCAGCUGUGAAGGAUCCUGAGCUGGGGUCCGCACCACCGGGCACCGAGGGCUCCACAGGUCGCUGUCUCCUCACCUUGCUCGGCAUCGCCUUCAUCCUCAGUGGGCUCAUCGUUGGGGGAGCAUGUCUUUACCGAUAUUUCACCCCAAAGAGGCUGUAUCACGGUGCCAUGCAGUUCAGCGACAUGUCCACCGGAGCGGAGAGCCAGCCCUACUACCUGCCACGGGUGGAGGAGGAGGUGGAGAUCUCUGACAACAUGGCUGUCAUCAGUGUCCCUCCUCCCCGUUUCAGACCUGGAGACCCAGCUUACAUCUUGCAUGAUUUCAACAGGAAGCUGACGGCGUACCUGGACCUGACUCUGAGGACCUGCUUCGUGAUUCCUCUGAACACUUCAGUGGUGCUCCCCCCUCAGGACCUCAUUGACCUCUUCUCACAGCUGAUGUCUGACUCAUACCGCAGCUACCUGGUGCACGAGGACCUGGUGGUGACGGAGCGUAUUGAUGAUGUGAAACCUCUUGGCUUCUACAUCCGCCGGCUGUGUGAUGGAAAGGAAACUUACAGAAUGCAACGUCGUUCCAGCCUGCCAGGUGGAGGCAUUCAGAAGCGCUCUGCAGACGACUGCUUCACCAUCCAUCACUUUGAAAACAAGUUUGUGACGGAGACCCGGAUCUGCAAGGCUUGAUGGAAAAGCAUGAACCGAAUUCAGAGAGAGUGACAGAGACAGAGGGAGACAGUGCGUAGGACUGGAUGAUGGUGGGAAUAACUUUUAGCAGAAAGUUACUUUUGUAUAAAACUCAAGUUUUUGCCUCCCUUGCUUUUUAGCUAGUGUUGAGUGAAUUUAAGUUGCAGCAUUGAAGCCUAACCCCCCCACCCCUCCUUCUGCUGUAUUGCCCUGAACUUGUAUGGGUCAUAGUUCUCCUGCUCAUGUAAACACUAACUAGUCUUGUACUGUUAACUUAAGAAACAAUAAGUUUAAUUUGUUGAGUACUUUUUCGUUGCUGUAGCUUCCUGCAGACUGAUCUUAUUGAUGUUACCGUAUUACAGCAUUCAGUCACCUCCCGACCAGAAUUGGUCUUCAUCCUACUUAUUAUUGUAGUGAUACUGAGAAGUCAUUCAUGUCAGACCUGUCUUGUGUCAGCGUGUACUGUCACCACUCUUAUAGAGUUGCUUUGACAAGAUAUAUACUAGUUAUAGUGUGGUAAAGCACAAGUAAGCAUGGAAACGUCUGGUACAGUAAAGUUACAGUACACAUAUAACAUGCUUGCCGCCAACUACUAUGAUGAUAAGAGAUGCACAAGACCAGAGCUCUCUGUCAACAAUUUUGUACAUAUUUCCCAGAGUGCCCUGCUUCUCCCAGAGGCCUCCGCUGUCCUGCUGUGUUAUGAUUUAGUGUAACUAAUGGUAAACACUCUAGCACCUUGUAUGAGUAGUUUUUCAGUUUGUGUUGAAACAUUUGUGACUGUGAACAUAAAGGCGUGGCAAAAGGACGGAGUGAGCUGAAGGGAAAUUUCACAUAUUUAGACAUGAAAACAUGUGAUUGUCUAGUUUGAGUUCAUUUAUAUGAAUUUGUACUAAGUUAACCUUAAACCAGAAUACUACUUGUGUUAUUACAGGUGUCUUUAACAUGUGAAGACCGUGUUUAAAUUGUAACAAGAACAUUGUAUUUGUCUAGAUUUAUUUGCAUAAAACUGUUUUAAGAAAAAGUUCAGAAAUGGCUUUCUGCCAAAUAACGUCUAAGUCAUUUUCAGUGGUUUCUAAUGUAAUGUCUGCACAGGAAGACAAUCAGGAGGAAGUAAGCUUGUAAGGUUGGGUUUCUCACAGCUUUUUAACUAAGUACUAGUGGAAUAGAAAAGAGCAAUGUUGUGUGCAACUACUGAACUGAAUUUCACUUUGUUGUUGAAUAAAGUUGCUUUUCUUUACCUCCUGAAAA